UCGUGCCCGCAGAGACCGCGUGACCCCCGCGCGUGCACGCGGAGUAUGGACCCCGUGGCGUUCAGCGCCUACACGGAGUUCUACACGCACGCUCACAGCGUGUGCCACCACCUGCGUGCACAGGCGUGGCGCGACGACGCGGAGUCGCUGCUCUCUGUGCUCGCCCGCGGCUCCUCGCGCUUCUCCCGGCAGUUGCGGCGCAGCGCGGAGCUCGGGGAGAGCAUCCUCACCUCGCAGGGGGAGUUCGCGAGGGCGCAGCACAGAGCCGCGCGCAGCGGGGAGAGCCUCAGGAGAGCGCUGGCGCAGUCGCAGAAGGGAGUCCGCGUGGCCUUCUCGGAGCUGCGGGGGAGCGCGCUGGAGAGCCGCGCGCUCUUCGCCGAGUCGCUGCGCCGCCUCUCGGCGCUGCACGCGCUCCUCGCCGGCGAUCUGGGGGGUCUCCACGCGGCACUCCUCUACGCCCUCUGCUGCCCCCUCGCCUGGAUCCUCACCACGGCCACAUCGACCGCCAGAGCCAGGCCGUGGUUGUUCGUGCUCCUCACGGCGCAGCUGCUGCUGGAGCGAGGGGUCACGACCCUCAUCACUUGGGGGGCUCCCGCGGGGCCCAACGUGCAGGACGAGGUGUGGCUGUUCUCGUGGUGGUCUCGCCGCGUGGCGCUCCUCGUAGCGCUCCUCCUCCUCCUCUUCGCUCACCACUCAUUCCGCGACCUCCCGGCGCUCAACCACCGCCUCCUGGUCACCCUCGUCGCGCAGCAGAGACAGCUCACUCGACACCUCCUCGUCGCCCGGCAGAAGCCCCCUGGGAAGGGAGAUGCGGAUGCUGGGACCCCCGCGACUGAGCUAAGCAUCCUGAGCGGGGCCCCCGACGUAGAGGGCGAGAGGGGGAGCGGAGGAAUGCAGCUCAGCAUAAGACGGGAUUCCUCCCUCCAGCUGUGGAGCCCCGCACGUGGCCCCCGUCCCUUCAGGUCCCCGGGAGGUGUGCGGAGGGAGGUGCAAGUGGAAAGGAGGGGCCUCCAUGACUCCAUCUUCAUCGCAAACAUCUCCAGUUCGGUUCUGCGUUGCCGCCUACGUGAGCGAGGCCCGGGGUCCCCGCCGUCCCCCUGCAUGCCGCACCAUGACGCCCAGCGCAGGGUGCGGCGUGGGGUGUCACCAGAUGGAGCGUUCCCACGCCGGGUGCAGGAUAUGGAGCCUCCCGCGAGGGCAUCUUCAGGCGGGGCGUUCACAAGGAGUAGGUUGCAGGACCAGUCCUCAGGCAGGGUGCAGGACCAGUCCUCAGGCAGUGUGCAGGGCCGGUCCUCAGGCAGGGUGCAGGACCAGGCCUCAGGCAGGGUGCAAGAUAAGUCACCAGGGAGGGUGCAGGACCAGACCUCAGGGAGGGUGCAGGACCAGUCCUCAGGCAGGGUGCAGGAUAAGUCACCAGGGAGGGUGCAGGACCGGUCCUCAGGGAGGGUGCAGGAUAAGUCACCAGGCAGGGUGCAGGGCCGGUCUUCAGGCAGGGUGCAGGAUAAGUCACCAGGCAGGGUGCAGGGCCGGUCGUCAGGCAGGGUGCAGGAUAAGUCACCAGGCAGGGUGCAGGGCCGGUCUUCAGGCAGGGUGCAAGAUAAGUCCUCAGAGAGGGUGCAGGAUAAGUCACCAGGCAGGGUGCAAGAUAAGUCACCAGGCAGGGUGCAGGGCCGGUCUUCAGGCAGGGUGCAGGAUAAGUCACCAGGCAGGGUGCGGGGCCGGUCCCCAGGCAGGGUGCAGGGCAGGGCAAGCAAAGGUGAACAGUCCUGAUCGUGACCAACUUGUGUUGAGG